AUAGAAACAGUUUUUGCUGAAAAAUAAUUAAAUACAUAGUGUGUCUAAAAUUUUACCGCUAAUUUUUAUAUACAAAAACAGAUAAAUAUAUUCGGUUCCAGUACAUAAUAUAAAGGUUUCUGUACACCAAAUUUUUUGUCGCUCUCAAGAUUGCGGUACAUAUGUAUAUAAAGUUAAUACAUAAAAGCGUGUAUAUAAACAUUUUGGCGUAAAACUUUUGGCGUCAGUUACAGUGCUCUACGAUACAUAGUGUCAUCCAUUUUGUAAAAUAUUUUCGAACAUUUUUGGCUCACUUAACCUUAAUUUUUAAAAAUUUAUGAUGAUUCUGGAGGAGGUUAAGCAGCAACGGGCUAACACUAAGAAGAGCAUUACCCGCAUCAAGAACCAAAUCGAAGCCAAUGGAAGGGGAGAAGGUAAGACACUUUCGUCAGCCGAGUUGAAGUGCCGUUUGGGGAUUUUGGAGUCGUAUUUUAAGCAGAUACUGACGUAUCAAACCCAAAUUAAAAAAUACAAUCCCGAGGACAAUGCUAGGCCCGAAAUCGAGGAUUUGUACAUCUCAGCCAAAAUGAAUAUCCAGUCGCAGCUUGGUGAAGAUGUUCAUAAUACAACAUUGUCCGAGUCCACCAUUUGUUUCCCAGCUCCCAGCCACAAAUUGCCUCAGCUGAAAUUGCCCACAUUUAGUGCCCCAAGAAUUAGAAAAUGCUAAACUUUGUAUCGUUUUCAACAUCCAGAAACUACAUUUUUAAGAUGACAUAACUCGAGCUCUAAAGAAGAAAGAUCCCCAAGGUGCUCUAAAGUGUCUGAACCCCUUCAAGAUUCGUCAAAUGGUUUCAAUUUGCUCAAGAUCGGCGGACGCUUGGAGUACGCGGCAAUUUCAGAAGGCCAAAAACACCCCAUAAUCUUGCCCAGCAAAUGCCAUUUCGUCCACUGUUACGUACGUCAUCUGCACAUCAGUAACUACCACGCUGGACCCAAGGCUCUAAUGUCAUUGAUUCGCCAACAAUUUGGAUCAUCAACUCCAGGAAUUUGUGUCGCAGCAUUGUAAAUUCGUGCCCUCAAUGCUAUCGCCCAAAGUUGUUGCAACAAAUUUGCCUGUGGAACAACUCAACCCGUCAAGGCCCUUCGCAAGGUUUGCUGUCGAUUUUUGUGGUCCAGUCAACACCUACCUAAGAAUUAGAGGAAAGGUCCCCUACAAGACAUACAUCGCUAUAUUUGUUUGUCUCGCUACCAAAGCUGUCCAUAUUGAAGUGGUAUCCGACCUGUCAACAGAUGCCUUCAUUGCUGCCCUAAAACGGAUGAUUGGUCGUAGAGGUCUUUCCACAGAUUUAUUCUGUGAUAAUGCAACAAAUUUCGUUGGUGCAAACUCUAAGUUGGCUCAAUUAAAGUCGUUCCUUUUUGAACCAAAAAAUUAAAAUUUUAUUACAAAUUAUUGCUCGAAUCAAUUUAUUAAUUUUCGAUUUAUUCCACCUAGGGCACCACAUUUUGGCGGAUUGUGGGAGGCGGACGUCAAAUCGGCCAAAGGUCACUUAACCAGAACCCUGGACAACACAAGGCUCAACUACGAAGAACUCGCAACGGCUAUGAUUGAUAUAGAGGCAGUUUUAAACUCGAGGCCCAUUUCGCCUCUAUCCUCAGAUCCCAGUGACUUUGAAGCUCUUACACCAGGCCACUUCUUGAUAGGCGCUCCCCUCCGUAGUUUGCCAGAACGUGACGUCCCUACAAAUUAGAUUAACAAACUUGAAUAUUGGGCCCGAAUAAGCGCCAUCAAGCAACAAUUCUGGAAAAAGUGGUCCCAUGAUUAUAUAAAUGAGCUCCAGACUCGCAACAAAUGGACUAGCACCAACUCUAAUAUUGCUAAUGGUUCCCUAGUAAUCAUCAAAGAAGAUAAUUUACCCCCGCAGCGUUGGCUCAUGGGUAAAAUCAUCAACAUUGUUCGUGGAAGAGAUGAUCGUGUUCGAGUUGUCGACAUCAAAACUACAAAAGGAGUUAUACGUCGCCCUAUCCACAGACUGGCUCUUCUAUCUUCUUGAAAGUGUCCUUUCAAUGGAGCCGGAAUGUUAGGUCACCGUAUAAUAAUUACUAACAUUAUUAUUUUGUUUUGUUUAAAUUUUCCAUUUUUUAUUGUAUUUAAAUUUAUUCAUAUUUUUGGCUCACUGUUGCCACUGUAAUUUGUCAUACUAACCACUGUACUUAUUUUUGGUAAUGACCCGUUAGUUUUUUAUUAUUUGUU